AAGAAGAAGAAGAAGAAGAAGAAGAAGAAGAAGAAGAAGAAGAAGAAGGAUCGUUUACUGGCUUUGAUGUCGUAUCUAACUCCGAUACUAUUCACAGAAAAUCUUUCAAUUUUGUUGUUGUUUACACCUACCUCGGAGCUUUGCUGUCACGUGGUUCGGUGUCACUAGAUAACACUAAUGAGGGUGAAGCGUUCACCAUAAAAACUAUGGAAAUGUGUAUUUUUGGGUCACUUCGACGGUAGCUACUGUACAUUCCACGUAAGGGCUGCUGUGCCAUCUUCUCCCAGCGUCUACACUAUGGAGCUCCUCCCAGUACUUGAACCCCUCGAUAAACCCAAAGAAGCAACAUGGUAUUCUUUUAUACCCAGGGGAAGUGCUCCGGGUGUUAGUGUUGGUCACACCUGCAUGUUUACUUCAUCGGGAGAAGGAGGAAAGGGAAGAAUCCUUAUUGUUGGGGGAGCCAACCCCAAUGGCAGUUUCUCACAUUCACAUAUCAUAAAUCUAGAUAGUCAUGAAUGGGACAUUCCAGAGUGGAAGGGUUUGGAGGCGCGAUAUGAACACUGCAGCUUUGUGCCAGAGAGCUGCCCGCAGAGCCUGUGGGUGUUUGGUGGUGCACAGCAGAGUGGCAACCGCAGCUGCAUCCAGAACAUACAGCUAACAGAUGGUGGGUCUCACUGGAAGGACGUAUCCGUAAUGGGAAAGCCUCCCAGUCCGAGGACAUACCACACCAACUCAGCCUGCCUUGGGGACACGCUGUAUGUCUUUGCUGGUGGCGAAGAAGGAGCAGCACCUGUGUCUGACCAAAAACUCCAUGUCUUCGAUACAGUGUCUAACACCUGGUCCCAACCAGAAACACAAGGCAGACAUCCACCAGCCAGACACGGCCAUGUUAUCGCAGCCGUGGGUUCAAAGAUCUACAUUCAUGGAGGCAUGGCUGGAGACAAAUUCCACAAUGACAUGUACACUCUCGACACAGGGAGCAUGAGGUGGGAGAAAGUGCAGGCCAAAGGAGACAUCCCACCAGGAGUAGCAGCCCACUCGGCUGUGGUGCUGGGAAAGAACAUCUAUAUCUUUGGAGGGAUGACCGCAGAUGGAGCCAGCAACGUCAUGUACAGAUUCAACACUGACAAAAGUAGAUGGGUCCUAAUGAACUUUAAAGGAGAUAAGCCACCCAACCGCCUUGACCACUCCAUGUGUUUAUUGCCCUGGAAAGUGCAUGAGGAGGAGCAGGUCAACUGCUCUGCAGCCUCCGAGACAAUACAUCUGGCCUUUGUAUUUGGAGGGAUGGACACCCAGGGGGUUAUACAUAAUGACUGUAUUGUUGCCGUUGUGACAUGAUGUGCCUUGGUGUUGCAAUAUUCAUUUCCUCAAGUUGAAAUAAAAUGUUUUUUUCAAGUGCUA